UUGAGCAUAUGUGAAUUUCGUCACACAACACAAUAGUUCUAUCUUCAGUGUAAUAAUACACAUAAAAGAUGAAGAAGGCAGCCAUACUGUUGGUGCUGCUCUGUGCCACCAUACAUAUUGCUUCAUCUCAAAAGGAUGGAGGCAACAUGUUGAAGAAUGGUAACUUUGAGGAGGGUCCAUACAUUUUCCCUAACACAACAUGGGGGGUUCUAAUACCUCCCAACAUUGAAGAUGAUCAUUCUCCAUUACUUGGAUGGAUGAUCGAAUCUCUCAAGGCAGUAAAAUACAUCGACGCUGAACACUUCCACGUGCCGGAGGGCAGACGAGCCGUCGAGCUCGUGGCAGGAAGAGAGAGUGCCAUAGCACAAGUAGUGAGGACAAGACCAGGAAAAAUAUAUGAUUUACUUUUCUCAAUCGGAGAUGCUAGCAAUUCUUGUGAAGGUUCCAUGCUUGUUGAGGCAUUUGCUGGGAAAAUUACUAAGCAAUUCCCUUAUGAAUCUAAAGGCAAAGGUGGAUUCAAGAGGGCUAGGCUUAGGUUCACUGCAAUUUCUACGCGUACGAGACUGAGGUUCUUGAGCACUUAUUAUCAUAUGAAGAGUGAUAAUUCGGGUUCGUUGUGUGGUCCUGUGGUCGAUGAUGUGAGAUUGGUAGGAGUUCGCAAUCCCCGCCUUCCAUAGGUCCUUUUAAUUAAUUAAGUCUUAUAUUUAUUGAUUGAGUUUUAAGUUUUAUGCACGACGGAAUGCAGAGAUGUUAUUCCUUGUAAUACGUGCUAUAGUUGAUCUGUUGUUAUUUUCUUUUUUUUUUUCAUGUCAUAGAAGAGUUGAAAUGAUGUAAUGUUACAUUAUAUAUGUUGCAUUUUGCAUGUACUUAUACAAAAAUUUCGAAUAAUCAAAUGAAAGAACCUUCUUGGUUCAACAUAUUAUGUGUA